CCCUGUUUUGUGUGCGUUUUCAGUUCAAGUGUUUAAGUGGAUUUAUUUUAAUUAUUUCUUUAUUCAAACAUUAAACAUUCAUUAUUAAUAUACCGCGGCUAUCGCGGAAGAAUAAUACAAUACCGGUUCGGUAAAUUGUGGUUAAUUGUAUAAGCCAUCGCACAUAUGCAUCUCUAAGAGCUCAUUCGCGUUUGUUUCUGUUGCGUGGAUAAUUGAAAGCCUUUGUUUUUUUUCACGACAUUGACUACAUUUAAUGUGAAAAAGCCUAACGAGCAAAAGGAACAUGCUGUUUAUAAACUAAACAACCCCUUUGCAUUGACAAAGGGGGGCAUAGACACCCACUACGUCACCAAACUGUGAAAAAGUAAUUCAUCCGCAACCAGCUUGAGGAGAUUUGUGAAAAGAAGCCAACUGGCCACAGCGAUUGCAGCAACCCUAAAUAUUAAAGGGCAGACCAUCGAGCAUAGUCGGGCCAAAAGCGUCCCGAAAAGAAUACAAACAUGCAAACCACCAUACUGACGCUUCAAAUUCAGAUUAAGAGAUUGGGAAAUAUGUCCUCUCUGACCCUACUAUUUUGUAUAACAACACUAAUCGGGCUGUCGCAUGCAUGGAUGCCAGAUGUUAGACCGGAUCUACAAUCAAAGCAAGAUAGAAUUUUGGCAAAGCUUAUUGGCAACACAACCGAUUACUAUAAAGUGUUAGACCAUGAUGACACAACAAUUCUGGUUGGUGCUAGAGAUAUUAUAUACAAUAUCAGCAUAAAUGGGCUGCGUGAAAACAGCCGUAUUGAAUGGUUUUCAUCUGAUGCAGAUCGGGAGCUCUGUGCCCUAAAGGGAAAGCGGGAGGCUGAUUGCCAUAACUAUAUAAGAGUGUUUGCUCGUCUGCACGACGACCAGAUUCUAGUGUGCGGAACAAAUUCAUACAAACCGAGAUGUCGUCACUAUGUACCCACAAUGGACGAAAGUCAUCCAAAUGUUGCACGCUUUUAUGAAAUAGUACGCGACGUGGAAGCCCAAGGACUGUGUCCCUAUAGCCCACUCCAUAAUAGUACAUAUGCGUAUGCUGACGGCCAUUUGUAUUCCGCCACUGUGGCGGAUUUUUCCGGCGGUGACCCUUUGAUAUAUCGUGAAAACUUGCGCACAGAUCAAUAUGAUCUGAAGCAACUGAACCAGCCCGAUUUCGUGGGCGCCAUAGAACGCAAUGGAUUCGUUAUGUUCUUCUUCCGCGAAAUAGCGAUGGAGUUUAUGAAUCUCGGAAAAAAAGUUUAUUCGCGUGUAGGCAGAGUUUGCAAAAAUGAUCGGGGUGGACCAUACAACUUGAUCAAGUCUUGGACAUCGUUUUUAAAGGCAAGACUCAACUGUUCGAUUCCAGGCGAUUAUCCAUUCUAUUUCGAUGAAAUACAGGCCAUAAGUCCUGUGAUUGAAAGUGGCCCAAAUGCCUUGGUGUAUGGCGUUUUCACAACGUCCGUAAAUGCGAUACCUGGCUCGGCAGUUUGUGCCUUCAACAUUGAUGAUAUUAUGGAUGCCUUUGAAGGUCGUUUCAGAUCACAAAAGGACAGUCAAUCUCAGUGGUUGCCUGUGCAAGAAGAACAAGUUCCCGUUCCGCGACCAGGUCAAUGCGUACCCGAUUCUCGUACCUUGUCCAGUAUAGCGGUUAACUUUGUUAAAAACCACCCGCUUAUGGAAACGUCCGUACCGGCUAUAUACGGUCGCCCAUUACUGACAAAGGUUCAUUUGUACCAUCGUCUUACAUCAAUUGCCAUUGAUCCGCAAGUUCGAGCACUAAACGGUGACUAUUACGAUGUUAUUUACACAGGCACGGACGAUGGCAAAGUUACCAAGUUCAUAAAUAUACCUACGCCCUCAAGCGGCGGGACUUCGGCCAGCAUUGACAAUUUGAAGACGGUCCUAAUAUCUGAGCUCCAAGUACUACCCAUUGGAAUACCAGUACGCGAAUUGAUUGUGUCCCCAAAGACCAAUAAUUUGUUGGUUGUUAGUGAUGGCAGCUUAGUUACGGUCCCAUUGCACCAUUGCUCCCACAUCAUUGAUUGUGCGAAUUGUUUACAAAUUCAAGAUCCCAAUUGUGCUUGGGAUCAACAGACACAUGAAUGCAAAAAUCUUUCGCAACCGAAUCACAAGUUUGGUACUAAAUCCUUCUUGCAAUCAUUGAACACAACCAAAAAGGCGGCUAAAGCAUUGUGCCCCAAGUCAUCUGCCAGUGGCCGAGGGCCUGGAACCGUUGUUCCCGAUGGUACUAUUUUGAAUUUCGGCACUGUUACAGAUAACAAUUUGGACUCGCAAUUUAAUACCCUACAACAUGGGGAUGAAGAUGUGGCAAAAAAGCACAUUUAUGCAAAUGUGGCCUCCGUUAAUGGAAUUUCUACACCCAUGGACAACGAUCUCAACUCACCGGACUUGGAUGUGCCCACAGCAAUGGCUGAUGACUUUCUUCUGGGCACAUUUAACGAGGAAAAUAAGAUCACCUUGCACUCAGUUGACCCCCAUGAUCUAAUGAACUCUGUGAAUGAUCCCCUCCACGCCACCGCCGUUGGUGAGGAACAAAAACUUCAAUUGGCUGGAAAAAGCUUUUAUUGGGGUUUCGGUGCAUUGGCUUUGGCAUUAGUUUUCAUCAUUGGUAUGGUAGUUGGUCUCCACGUUUCCAAACGCAAUUGCAAACCCCCGUCCAUACAUAGCAGUCAUAGAAAUCAAUUCAAUGCCAAUCCGACGUUUGGCCUAAAACAUGGCAAAGAUAUAAAUUUGCUUAUGAACACUAACCAUUACUGCCAUCCGGGAAAACCCAGUUUGGAUUUAGAGAAGGACCGCAGUCAUGAAUGUAAAAACUCAACAGAGAAUCUCGAAAAGGAAUUACCCUGCAAAACGUCCACAUUAACAAAAGUCAAGCGCACGUACAUAUGAUCACGUAGAAUUUGUACAUGUUGGCAUCUACUCUGGCUUACCAGAAGGGACAUAUACAAGCAUUUUUAGUAAAAUUUUUUAAACGUUUUUGUUUUGUUUAGUUUAAAGUUAAUUUUAGCGUUUAUACGAAUUCCCCCCCAUUUACGAUUUUAAACGAGCGAUAUUUAUUCGACUAAUGUUUUGUAAAACGGACGUACGGCUAACUAAACUGUUGGCCUCGAAGAUCUACUUAUACCACUUACCACUAGUUGACUAGAUGCUGCUACAAAAACAUUACUUGAAUUAAUAUCUGAACAAUGUCCCGAUUUUUUUUGUUAUUUUUAUUUCCCCUCUUUGUUGUAUAUACAAAAUUAUAUUUAAAGCGCAAUUUGUUCGUAGUUAUACACAUACAUAUAUUUAGAAAUACUUGUAACAGGACGUUUGAAACGUCCACACACAUCUGAAUCUUAAGUGUAGCAAAUAGUCUAACAGUAGUUAUAACAAGGGGAGUCUAGAACACUUUACAAUAUAGACAUACAUACGUAUUAAAGGUAUUUUUUAUACAUACUCUAACAUAGGAUUGGACUCUAUAACCGACUAUACAUAAUUAAGUACAAAAUCAACCAUGUAUCAACUCUUUAGUCGUCCGCAAUCCUCUUAAGUUCAAAUUUUUUACUCUCAUACAUAUCAUUGUUUGACGUCAAGGUGUUAUCUAUAUCUGAGUAAUGCCCCAGUCGUUUUCAAGAACAAACAUUUGUAUAUUAUUCAUAAUGAGCCUAUUCAACGGAAUGCUGUACAAGUAAUCCCAUUGCAAAUACAAGUAUUUAACAAACAACCUAAUUAGACUGAUUACUAUGUUGAUAUGAUGAUGAUGAUGAUGAUCAUAAACAGCACAACUACAUACAUACACACACACACACACACCCAUCAACAGUUGUAUAUUUUUAUAUAAUCUUUAUACAUUUGAAUCCAGGUAUUUAUUGGCCCUAAGUACGACUGCCGGAUUCGAGUUUAUAUUUCCUCGAUAUGAUGUACAAAAAUGCGUUGACGGUUUUCAAAGCUCAACCUCGGUUUUUUUCUCCACAUAACCGAUGAAUUAUAAACUUGAAGUUUCGACAGUCGAAGUAAAAAAAAGCGACUACCACUACCACGCAAUUCGAUUGUGUCUUGUAAAAUAUCAGCAAUUAACGAAUGGCCUCAAGCAAAAGGGUAUUCCAAUAGAUACGGGAUCUGCAAAAUGCCUAUAUGGAUGCAUUUAAGAAACCUGAUUAUAGAAAACCCAAUUUACAAUAAGUCCCCAUUGGCGGAAGACAUCCUUAUAACUGAAGACACCUUUGUUCUCCUUGCAUUUGGAGGAUAAACUUGGAGCUUGCAUACAAUUGAAUUGUCAAAGAAUAUGCGUUGUGUUGUUGCACACAUAAAACGUCAAUGCUCCCCCUCAUUAUAUUUUACUUUUACACCUAUGCAUGGCAAGGGUUACUCAAAGUUAUGCAGAAAUUAUUAUAUAAGUAAGCAAAUGCCGCGGCCUUUAUACAAAUAUUAAAAAACAAAAUUUUUAAAUUGGCUAAUAAAAAUGGAAAGACUGCGCAACAAUUGAAAAGAGCGAAAGUGUUGGACAAAUCAUAACUGUGAUCUGAUAUACCAACAUACAAAUAUUGGACUAAAUGAAAAAUGAAAAGAAACCACAAAACAAAAUUGAUGCCUUAACAUUUGUCAAUUACAUUUUUAUACAAAGUUGAUGUAAGAACUCGAAUAUUAAAGAACAAAUUGCAUGUCCGUCCCACUUAAUAUAUGUAUAAUGGAAAAAAAGGAAUAUUACACAUAUAUUUGAACGUAGUUAAGUUUUAGUCUAAGGCGACCACAAGAGGAUACUCUAACAGACGACGCAUACAUAUAUUUUAUAUUUUUUUACAAAUAAACUGUAUAAAUUGAAACUUUUGUAUGUACAUAUACAAAUGGAAAAGUAUGUAAACAAAUCCAAUCAUUUGUAGACAAAUAUUCUCUUCUAAAUCAGCAACUGUACACACAAUUGUUUAUUAAUCUAAAUUGGUUUUGAAAUUUCUUCUAACAAUACCCCUGUUGUGAUAGUUUGUAUUUGCAGAUAAUAUAAUGAUAUCUAUUAAAAAAAAAAAAAAAAAAACAAGACAAAACAAAAUAGAUAUGUCAAAAAUGCACACACCGGUGCUUGAACUUGGCAUUUUUGGUAUUAAAAUCUAGGUUUUUCAUGUCACCAUUUUGGUCUUCCUCAUUGAGCGCAAAGAAAAACUCGGACAUUGUAAAUUGAGACUUCUUUCUUCUAUCUACAAUGAUUUCUUGUCAAGUAUAUAUUUUUACACACUCUUUGUUUUAACUGUUUUUAAUAUUCAAUAAAGUCGUAUUUUUACAGAAAGAAA